AUGACCAAGAAGUCGAUGAGCUCGCGGCUGGCCGGUGAUGAAGUGACGGUUCAAGACUCCGACACACUCGACGUCUCUUUGAUGCAGUCGUCAAGUCGUAUAGCGAAGGCCACAGCGGACAAGAGCGAAUUCGAAGAGACUCUGAAAGAGGAGGAUGACUCCACAGGUCUGAGCCUUCGCUCGGGCAAGUCAAUGACGGGAAUCCAACAUUUGGCUAUGAAGAAGGAAUAUGUUCAACUCGGGUCAAUUAGUGCUGCGUACCGGAAUCGCGAGUGUCCGACUCCCACAAACACCGUUAACUCCGGGUCGGCCAGACGUGACUAUUGUCUCCGCCGCCAAGACAAAAUGCGAAUUGUUACAAAGAACGUGUGA